AUGAGGGACACGGAGGCGAGAGCGACGCUAAAGCUGAAAUCAAAUUUGCUGAAUGCUGUGGAAGGUCGAGGCGAAGCUCACCAGACGUCGGGCUCUGACGAGACAGUUCUCGUCGGAUUGGCACAGUCGAACACGACAGCUGAACCAAAUUACAAUCAUCUCGGCUUUCGAGUCAUCCCUUCCAGUCGUCAACAAGCCGCCCGCGUUGGUCAAACUGAACUGGCCCGAUCGCAAACACCUCCGCGGAUUGGUCGAAUUGUUGGGCCCCAAGUGGGAGUGCGACUUCAACCAUACAGCUUCAUAGACGGAAUUCGGCGGCGUCGAGCUCGAGUCGACCAGGACACUAAAGCCCGGCAGCCUCAGACCCGAAUCAGGAGGGUUACUUGGCAGCAGUUUCACAACCCACUCGACCUGUCGCCGUGUUUUACCAAGCCGGUUUACGCCAGCUCAGCAGACCUUGCCUCUGGCUCUCACAACACCCCACGGACUCACCAACAAAGAGAUCUGGCCGAGAGUAUGAUUGCUGUCUGUGCUGUAUGA